UGUGAGUGAGGGAGCGACGCGCGUGCGCUGAGCUUUCCGGGAGAGUUUAGUUCUGAGCGGCUUCAUUCGGUCUGAGACCCGAUCCGGGACUAAAGACCGGGGCUAAACCCGCUGGACCAGGUGAAGGGCGAGUCCGGCGGCGGCGCGAGGCUGAGAGAGAGGGGGAGAGAGAGAGAGAGGGGGAGAGAUGGACGCGUCUCACCUGAGCGAAGACGAAAUGGCCGAAGUGAAAAAGGAAGUGCUGGAGAGGCUGCGGCCGUACCUGGUGGACAAGCUGAUUGCAGAGCGGCAUUUCGAUUACCUGCGCUCCAAGAAGAUCCUGACGCGCGAGGACACCGAGGAGAUCAGCUGCAGGAGCACGAGGGGUAAACGCGCCGGGAAGCUGCUGGACCUGCUGGCUGAAAACCCCCGAGGCCUGGACACCCUCAUCGAGUCCAUCCAGCGCUGCAGGACCCUCAACUUCAUCAUCGUCAAGAUCACAGACGAGGUGCAGCGCGUGAAGAACGAGAAGCUGGAGGCUCUGAAAGCAGCAGGUGUGUCCAGCUCGGGUUACUCGACCUCCAAGUGCACGUCUGGAGCUUCUAAUGACCUUUCGAAGACUGACUUCUACGACUAUGACAAGUGCUCAACCAUGUGCCUCCACCCUGACGGGGAGGGAAGCCCUGCCUCCUCUGUGAUGAGCAGCUCCUUGAACCUGCACUGCGUUCCCAGUCAGGGAAGGGGACGCAGCCCGCUGUCGGUCGGCACCACUGCAGCCAGUCUGAACGUCUCUUCCACGUCAUCCUGCCUUCCUAAACCCGGCGACCCUGGAGCCCCACCCCUUCCUGAUGAGCUGGAGGCAGAGGGUCAGGAUAUGGACGCUGGGGCCUGCGGAAGCACAGGAAGCAGCGGGGAUGCCAACUUCCAGCCAUUACGCUCCCGCUCCCUGACUCCUUCUGUCGGUAACACACUUUGAGGGUUUGGAACGUCGGGACACCUUGCAGAUGUAAAUGUGACUGUGCUUAACCAGAGUGGGACAUAAAAUUAGGUAAGAACAGCUCCAUCAGAAAACUGUAAUUAAUAAUUCACGCCAGUUAUUGAGCUGUGGGUGUUUAGGGUAAAGGUGGUUGUGUUCCUCAGGGCUCAAUGUGAGGACCUUCUCCCGUUUUGAGAAAAAAAAGCAAUUUGACUCCAUAUGGGAUAUUUCAGGUUCUUUAAGUCAUAUGUAAGAACAUCUACACACUGACAAAUUUACCGUGAGCAUCAGGCAGUUAAUCAGUUACUGCUGUUGAAAACAACCAUACAGACAGCUGCACAUAUAGAGCAAUACUAAACGUCCAGGAAGGAAACUGAAAUAUAUUCGCAGUUUCAGGGCCGAUAUCGUGUAAUAAGAAUGCAUACUGACAGUUGGAUAGGACUGGAGUCAGAGACAGAGUUGGUCACACUGGCGGAUCUUCUGAGCCGUUUUCAGUCUUAACGGUACACUAGUCAGGAUCUCCUCAUGAAUAUUCAUUUGAAUACUGUAUAAAGGGAAAGGUUAGGUUAUAAGCAGGUUUGUGGUGAUGUAGCAUCUUUUGUUGUGUCUGUAACUGCGUCUGAAACAUUGUGAACUGGUGCUUCUCAUAGAAUUCAUCCAUAUGUGUUGCUGUUGCCUGUGUUUUGUUCUGUUCUCCGUAUGCCGGUGGCUUGUUGCUGUAUUUGACUGAAGAUGUUUAUUUUGGUAAUCCUCUAGGAAUUUGGUUUGUCAAUUUGCCGUAAAAAAAGGAAAAUCACACUUCCGAUUAUCAAAAUUGAGAUUUUACUUUAAUUCAAACUCCGAACAUCUGCCCUGUUCAGCUUUUCCCAGUCCAGUGCAGGCGACAGUGUUCAGAUCAUGGAUCUGAACACAGGGGGCGCCACUGGCUCAGUCAGUGCUGUAAUUCCUGGAAGGUGGUGGAACAGGAUGCCUACAGUCAUUAUCUGUGGUAAUCGGGGUGCUUAUCAGCGCAGGGCUUUCGGAGAGCUCACUGCUCACACGCUCCGGAAACACGGAGCUCUUCAGGAAUGCUGAAAUAUAUAGAUCACAUCAUCGCACUGUCGAGACGAAGAUGAAUAACCGGUUGGUGACAGACUUUUUCAGUGGUUCCCGUGCUGGAGCCGGGCUGUCCGGAGCGGGGACGGGACUGGGGUUGGGGGUUAUACUCUCCUGUCUGUAAUGCCUGGCCUGUGCAUCUUGUGAGGGUUUAGAUGAGUCUGAGUAUCUCUGCACUCUGAGGGCCGGACUGCUGAUAUUCACACAGACCACGCAGAUACAGCUGUUCCUCAUCUGGUUUUAACGUUGUUUAUAUCCAAAUGCCGGUUUAUGUGGUUUUUAAACGUAUGUUCAUGUCAUGAUUAUGUAAUGUUUUCAUUCAUUGAUGCUGAAAAAUCAUAAAGUUUGGUAAAUGGACUUCGCUGCCAGUCA